AUGGCCUGUCCCCCACGAGAAACGUUCCAAAUCGGUUGGAUAUGUGCCCUGCCGAUCGAGGCCGCCGCAGCGAAGGAAAUGCUAGAUGAAAGCUUUGGCAUUCUCGAUGUACAGGAUCUAGCCGAUACAAACACCUAUUCACUAGGUCGAAUCGGCAAACACUAUGUCGCGAUCGCCUGCCUCCCUGGAGGUCAAUAUGGAACUACAUCGGCCACCAUGGUCGCAAACAAUAUGGUCCGCACAUUUUCAAAAUCGCUCCGGAUCGGGUUGAUGGUUGGUGUCGCAGGCGGAACACCAUCGGCUGCUCAUGAUAUUCGGCUUGGCGAUGUCGUGAUUAGCUAUCCAACGGGCACUUGCGGCGGUGUAGUUCAGUAUGAUAUGGGAAAAGUCGGUUUGAAUGGAGAGUUCGAUCGAACUGGCUCUUUGAAUAGCCCUCCUAGAUCGCUAUUAGCAGCGGUCGGGACGAUGAGGGCUGCCGAGCUGACAGAUAACCCUCUGUUUCCCGAAUAUCUUUCAAGGGCGAUCGGAAGGAACGAUCGAACUCGGAAAAACCUCGGUCGACCUGAAACACAACAGGACCGAUUUUUCAAGUGCGACUAUGAUCAUCCCAUAACUGCGAGUAGCUGUGAUGUUUGUCCAGUAGAAUGUGAGGAGACGAGGAGCGAACGCCAGAGCAGGGAUCCACAACUACACUAUGGUAUCAUUGCGUCUGGGAAUUCUGUUAUUAAGCAUGGAAGAACCCGGGAGAAGCUGAGGCUGAGCACUGGGGCACUGUGCUUUGAGAUGGAGGCAGCGGGGUUGAUGCAAGACUUUCCUUGUAUUGUUAUCCGUGGGAUUUGCGAUUAUGCUGAUUCGCAUAAGAACAAACAGUGGCAAGGGUACGCAGCUUUAGCAGCGGCGUCGUAUGCUAAGGAGCUGCUAGGUUAUAUACCAAUGGGCUGUGUUGCGCAAGAGAGCUUGGCAGCAGAUACGUGUAAUGAAUUGAAACAUGAAGUCCAAGGCACGAAUAAACGCCUAGACCGUGUAUACAACCAACAAGAACAAUAUCGCCGUGAGAAGGUCACUAGAGCUUUAACAGAUCAGCAGCACCGUUGUCACCGAGCUUUUAAGAUAUCAAAUUACGAGGAACAAAUGAAUAUAAAUCCAAUAAGAGCUCAGGGAACCUGUCAAUGGGUAUUCCAAAGCUUUGAAUAUAUCCGUUGGCGAGAAUCUUACUCUAAUGAUCUCCUCUGGAUCUCAGCUGAUCCUGGCUGCGGGAAAUCUGUACUGGCCAGAUCGAUCAUCGAUAACCACUUGCGAACUUCUAGACCUAUAGUGACAAUCUGUUACUUUUUCUUCAAGGACAACGACGAACAAAACCACCUUUCUGCGGCACUGUGCUCAGUACUCCAUCAACUCUUUAGCCAGCGGCCCCAUCUAUUGGAUCAUGCUAUACUGCCCUGGGAAAAGAACGGAGACAGACUCCAACAAGAGGUUGAUGAGCUCUGGCGGGUCUUUACAACGGCAACAUCAGCUGACUUAUCAAACAAAACGAUUUGUAUAUUUGAUACGCUUGAUGAAUGUCGUGAGAUUGAUCAGGACCGAUUGAUUGAGAAGCUGCGGCUCUUUCGUCGCCAGCCGUGUUCGUCGACACAGGGUACCUGUUUGAAAUUUCUUGUCACCAGUCGGCCCUAUAACCAAAUCCAGAAUCGCUUCCGGGAGAUCACAGAAUCUUUCCCACACCUACACUUGAAGGGGGAGGAUAAAAAUGACCAAAUCCACGAAGAGAUAAAUCUAGUUGUGAAGAUACAAGUAAAGGAGCUGGCCGAUACAGCAUUAUUGUCAAUAAAUACACAGCAGCGACUCGAGGAACAGCUUUUACAAAUGAAACACCGCACUUAUCUUUGGCUAUAUUUAGCUAUUGAUGAUAUUCGAUCUACACUCGAGAAUAGCCUUCGUCCUGAUGAGGAGUCAAUCCGAAUGAUACCUUCCUCGGUGAGCAAGGCAUAUGAAAAGAUUAUUGAUCGAGUCCCUCUUGGCCAGAUAAAAACUGCGAGAAUGAUCUUGCAAAUUAUUGUUGGAGCAAGGCGUCCUUUGACAUUAGCGGAAAUGGCUAUGGCCCUUGGAAUAGCUAUCCGACCUCAAUCACAGACUACAGCACAGGCCGGACUAUGUCCCCUGCAGAUAGAGACAAAGCUCCGUCGGUUAUGUGGCCUAUUUGUUUUUAUCAACAACUCUAAAAUCUACCUCAUUCAUGAGACAGCAAGAGAAUUCCUUAUCCAAAAGGCCACUUUGAAUAAUAUUGAUUCUAUAUACCCGUUCAGUCUCGGUGAAACUGACGACCUAAUGGCCAAUAUCUGUUUGCGAUACUUGUUGAUGGAUGAUCUUGAAGACGAGGAAGACAAGUUGAGCUCUGACACUCGAAGCCUUCUGAGAUAUUCAGCAUUAUAUUGGCCUGACCACGUACGUGAAAUGGCUUCUACUUCUGACAAAGAAUUGACCGACCGGGUGCAUCGAUUAUAUGAUAUCACUGGAAAAAGGUUUUUUCUCUGGUUUCCUAUUCUUUGGAAGGCAGCUAGGCCAUAUAUGCGCGUGCCUACAAUGAGUGCGCUGCAACUAGCAGCAUUCAAUGGCCAUGAGAAGGAGGCUCACCUUCUGCUUUGUCAAGAUAAAGGAAACAUCAAUACAGCAGAUGAUACGGGGACAUACCCGCUUAUGUAUGCUUCAAUCUAUGGAUAUGACAAGGUUGUGCAGGUCCUGCUAGAACAGGGAGCCGAUGUCAAUGCCGAGGGUGGUCACUAUAGAAAUGCCCUCCAAGCUGCUUGUUCCAGCGGGUACGACAAUAUCGCGCAGAUGUUGCUAAAGUGGGGAGCUAAUGUCAAUGCUCAGCAUGAUCUCUAUGGAAAUGCCCUCAAGGCUGCUUGUUCCGGUGGACAUAACAAUAUUGCACAGAUGCUGCUAGAGUGGGGAGCCGAUGUAAAUGCCGAAGGCGGUCGCUAUGGAAAUGCCCUCCAUGCUGCUUGUUCCAGCGGACACGAUAGUAUCGUGCAGACACUGCUAGAGUGCGGAGCUGAUGUCAAUGCUGAGGGCGGUCGCUAUAGAAAUGCGCUCCAAGCUGCUUGUUCCAGCGGACACGACAAUAUCGCGCAGAUGUUGCUAAAGUGGGGAGCUAAUGUCAACGUACAAGACAAUCGAUAUGGCAAUGCUCUCCAGGCUGCCUGUUUUGGUGGACACGACAAUAUAGUGCAGAUGCUGCUAGAGCGGGGAGCCAAUGUCAACGCCCAAGGUGGUCGCUAUGGAAAUGCACUCCAGGCUGCUCGUUCCGGCGGACACGAUAGAAUCGCGCAGAUGCUGCUAGACUGGGGAGCUUUUGUCAAAGUACAAGAGGAUGGCUAUGACUAUGCCCCCCGGGCUGCUGAACACUCUGCAAGUCCCUUGGGGUCUAUUGGUACCUUGAUUACUACUCAUGUCCCACAGGUGCUGCGAGAGCGGGAAUUUGAUGUUAACGCGUUUUAUAUCGUAUAA